AUGAUGGGUAUUUUAACCAGGCUGACCAUGGGCAUGCUUGCGGGCAUGAUGGUGGGUUCAGUCAUUUUGGGAUAUUGUCUCUAUUUUGACCAUCAGAGGACGAAAGAUCCAAAUUAUAAGAGGAGAUUACGAGAAAAAAGGACAAAGAAAGAUGAGGACUCGGAUUCACCAUAUCCAAAUCGCGAGGACUUAGAUGCUUGCAGAGAAUAUCUCCAAAAUGAAGUCAACCUCGGCGAAGAAGGUUUGGGACGAGGAGAUGUCGCCCGAGGAAUAACGCACGUUGCCAACGCCAUCCUAUAUUCUGGAUACCCUCGAAAAUUGUUACAGAUCCUGCAGCAGACACUACCGCCUCCCAUAUUCUUUCUACUGAUUCAGGAGUUGCACGUGCGAAGCAAAAUGAUUCCUGGAAACUUUUAUUGGCUUGAUGAUUACCCCUUGGACUAA